GGGUGUUCCGAGAUUUACUUAGCCUCGGGCAGCAGAGGUCUGGUCAAUUGCACAGGAGAUUGUUCCGGCGCCCCAGCGUGAUGCUGCUGCCGCCACCGGCAACGCAUUGACGAAGGUCGACAACAAGGUACAUCGUGUCUACGCGCCGCCAUCGUCGUUGUCGUUUCCUCUUCGUUGAGCAAUCGUCAACUAAUCAACAAGAUAAGAAAACAUCAUCAACAAGAUCUUGGCCUUCUCGCCCGGGCCGCAAGGUAGCACGAGCGGUACACAGGAGGGAGAGAAGGAGAAGCAGGGAGGUGGACUGAGCAAUUCCGAGAUAUGAGUAGUUCGUUAACGAUGGGAGCAGCAGGAAGAAAUCCAAGUGCCACCCUGGCGGAGCCAGCGGGAAGCACAACAACCACCACCACCACCACCAGCAACAGCAGCAGCAACCACUCGGUCGAGUUGUCGUGUGCGGUUCAGUCGUCAUCGCCGUCGUCAACGGUUUCCUCGGUUCGACUGCCAGCGCUCCGGGAGAUUUCCGGAAAGGCGGGUAACGUCGUCGCGGCCGACAGUAAUUUCCUGACGCCGCAAGCGGCACGUGAAGGAACGCCACCGCGGGCGGAUGCGGAGAUAGCGCUCGGUUCGGUACCGGCCGGAUGUGUUGCGAGCAGUGCGAGUGCGGACAGUGGUAGCGGCGUCGACGGAGGAGGAACACCACCGAAGACGAAGGUCAUCCGGAAGCGCAUCAUCAUCCGGAAGCGGAUCGUCAAGAAGAUGAAGAAGAAGGACGAAAAAUUCUACCUGCGGACGGCAUUCGAUCUGCUCGAUCGCGACCAGGAUGGGCACGUGACGCCCGAGGAGCUGCAGUUUAUGCUGCGGAACCUCGGCAUACACGUGCGGGACGAGCUGAUCGAUGACCUGCUCCGGGAAGCCAGCCGAACAGGCAGCGGUUUGAUAGAUGAAACAGAGUUCCUUCAGUGGGUGGCGAGAAUACAGGCCCUAAAAGACGACAGCAACACCAGCAGCAGCAGUAGCAGUAGCAAUAAUCCCGCCCAGUCCGCCGACGACGACCUGACGCAGGACCUGGUGGCAGCAUUUCGGGUAUUUGAUCGUGAUGGCAAUGGGUACAUAACGCGCGACGAGCUCAAAUCAGCGAUGGACAUGAUCGGCGAGAAUGUGACCGAGUACCAGCUGAACGAGAUGCUGGAGCUGGCCGACGCCGACAAGGAUGGUCGAAUCAAUUACGAAGAGUUUGCCCGACUGCUACUGUAAAGGUUGUCGCCUCGAUCGGUUUUCAGCAGCACUCUUCCUCCUAGUGGGCAUCAUCGGCACCCGAUUGCAGCAGCGCUCUCUCUCCUGUUUCACUUACUCAUCGAACGUUGCAGCAAUACCGUUCGUUUUUCACUGUAUGUUAAUUUAUACUCUGGUUUUCCCAUAAACAUCUAAAUGCAAUUACCCGUUGGUUCGCUGAGCAAAGCUUUUCCACCUUCUUCCAAAGUGGCAACGGCUGAAUUUCGUCUAGAGCCUUGCGCGCCGAAUUAGUUCAAUAUGCACGGUUUAACCGCGAGCACACCGGAAUUCUUUGUUACGUAAAGUGCUUUAACACAGGACCUGGCUGCUGGAGCUGAUACGGCAAACAUGCCCGUGAGCAUAGGGAAUAAGAGAACUUUAUACGCAAACCCGAACCACUUUUGGUCAGCUCAUAGUUGAACACGCUUUACAUGGAGUGUUUGUGUGUGUGUGAGUGUGUGUGUGUGUGUGAGAUAGGCGAUAAAAGGUAUGAUUUUGAACAAGAACUCAUGUUUUUAGUUUUGAUUUGAUUGUUGUUGUACGAGCCAUGCAAAGAUGUAACGGAGGGUUCCUUUUUACUCGAGAAUCGAUAGCAUGAAGGGACAAGGGAGAAGGAAGCUUGGAAAAAGGAAGAGCAAAACAAAAGCCGAAAUCCCGAUAUUUCUCAAGUUUAUGCUAGUCCCGUGAUCUAUCUUUGCAAAAAAAAAUCAACAAAAAAAUGUUGCAUUAAAUGUUACUACUCUAACCACACGCAGGCUACAACCAUUAUACAUACUAUCGAUCGUGGAUCUGGUGUGGAGUAGAUAAGAGCAAAUCAAAUGUUUAUAUCCUAAAUAACUUUACCCGAUAGUCCUGUUUGAAUGUUGUUACUCCUCCAGACUAAAAAUCUUAUCAUUAGGUACAGACAAAAUAAAACAACAACAAAAAACUAACAAACACACUCACAGACAGAGAGAUAGAGAGAAACACAGGGACGCGGAUGGCAGCGAUCGUGUGAUCGUGUAAAAAAAAAUUAUGGUAGUGCGGGGGGCAAGGUGAAUGGUGACGGUGUGAACGACGGCCCCGGGAGUUGGUUGGGCUACAGGAGCGCACGAAUGAAUGAAUGGGAACGCAUGAACGCAUAAAUCGUAAAUAAGGUAGAACACAGGUGGAGACGGUUAUGAAGGUUAACGUCGGUUGAAAACCACAUAUAAAACCCGAAGCAAAAAACAACAAAACAAAAAUAAAAACAAAAACCUAAGGUGGGAAAAGCAUCUACGUUUAAAACGCUACUGGAACAGCGCCAAGAAGCUGAGCUGCUGAUGCUGCUGCUGAUGUUGCUGCUGUGAGCUGUGUGGAGGUCGGUGUCGGUGGUGGACGCGAGGAAUAAAAUAAAAAUUAUAAUGAUAUGGAAGUGAGGUAUGUGAUGGGGAGGCAACACUGCGGCCAUAGGCCUGCGACGAGACACGUUCUUCGCUCGCUCGAUUGAGUCCUGUUUUGUUUUGGUUGUUUGCUGUGAAAUUAGAAUUAACGGAGAAUCAUUAUUAUGCAGCCGCAUGGUGGGUGGGGAGGGGGAGAUUAUCGUAAGUAAGACACCAGCACAAAUUCGCUUUAUCAACGGCUAACGGCAAGCGGCAGAAUUAGUAUUAAGCUCCCUAAAAUCGCCCCCCCCCCCCCCCCCCCCCCCAGUAAGAUGAUCGUAAGAGAGGCAUCAGUUCGUUGGAUCAACACGCAACACUUAUCCGGAACGCGCCCACUAGCAAAGCGUCCACGCGCGUUCUGUUCCGAAGGGUUUUCCUGCGAUCAGAGAGACUUAUUGUUAUUAUACGCCGUUGUUAUACAUUAUUGUUAAAAAAAAGAGGCAGAAACCAUUUACAAACGCAGUGCAGUGUGCAGGAGGCCGGGAAGCGAUGCAAUACAACCGUUGUAUUUUGAGUAUCAUUUACGCGAUUAACGGCAGCAUAGGGACUUUCAGCAGCAGAUGCGGUGUCUCCAUGAUGCGCUUUUUUACACACACGCCGCACAUACAUCAAGGAAACAUUUAUUACGUUUUUUCGCUUAGUCAUAGAAACUUUGCAGCUUUGGUAGCCGUCUUAGCGGGAACGGGGAACUGUGACUGAUUUUUAGUACAUGAUUCGGGCGUAUGUUUUACGGAGGGGGCAGCUUAGAAAAGUGACAGAGUGCCUGGUACGCGCAUUAGAUUUGUUAUGUUCCCCUUUACGCAUGAUCGCAUCGAUCGAUCACUUAUCGAACACUUCAUUUGAACUUCUAUCUAUCAACUGGCUUCCUCAAACCGUGGUUUCCGUUUGUGUAUUUCUUCCAAAACCAUAAAGACCGAUGUUCCCUGCACCAAAAUAACACUCGAGCAUAGCUUCUUCCCCACCCCCAAGGAAGCCAGAGGGUGGACGGCUACAAAAGCUAAACUAACGAUGUGCACCGGAGAAGCAGCGAGCAUGAGAAUGGAGGGGCGACAAGCUAGCAAUCUAACCGUGUGUUAUUAAAUCAAACCGAACAGAAUUUAAGCAGAUUAUAUAUGUAGCGUGUAUAUGAUGAAUAGCUGGGGAGUGCGCGCGCGAUCGCGAUUACGCUAUUUUUGGAAGCAUUUUUUUUACAUCUUGCCCCUCGCCCCGCCGGGGAUGGUUGCGAUUGGUGGUGAUCGGUGAGGUGGUCCAGCCACCGCCAUCAUUGUCCAACAAAACGGUAGCAACACCACUAACGGGGAGGAGGGAUGCAGUAGCUUGCGUAUAUUGCAGAUACAUUAUUAAAAGUAACGAGCAAUCGUUCCGCGUUUUCGUGCUUACUAUUGUGACGAAAACUAAGCGAAAAGCUUAGAAGUUGCGUAAUGUGUGGUAGGAGGAAUGUGUGUGUUUUUGGUUUGUGUUUUUUGCACCCCCAUGUUGAGCUCGAUCGAUCGAGCGAUCGUUCGCGAGGCAAGCGUUUCUUGGUUGUGCUUCUAUUUGACGUCUAUCCCUUUACCAAACUAAACAAGAAAAACCAUUAAUAGUGCGUAUCUGCAGUGUAUUUAUAUGGAAUUGUAAUCUCAAUGCGAAAGGUAUUCGCAUGGCUAUACACAAAAUAUACCCAUUAAGCAUUGCAUUGCAUAACUCUAAAAUAAGAAAACGUAUGAACAUAUGUUAAAGGGAUAAAGAACACUACGCAAACCACACUUUAACCAGCAUCCCAAUACCAUUCGUGUGUUAUUAUCUAUAUGCCCCGCUGUAUGGUUGGCGGCUCACUGGAUAACUUCUGCAAAACUGGAUACUAGUUGUGGACAGCAACAGUUUGUGGGGGGAGAUCGUAUGAUGGGCAAAAGUGAGGAGUGGAACUGAGUCUGUAUUAAGCAUUUUUAACAAAUCCUAUGUUCGGAGAGACCAUGCUGAUGGUUCCGAUGAUGAUGAUGAUGAUGAGCAGAGAAAUCUAGUCAGUAUGAGGCGAAUGAGGAUGCAAAUGGAAGCGACCCGUUUCAACCAUUGUGAACCUUUUGUAAAUAUCGGAAUCUUUCACUUUGGAAUUCUUUCGUUUCCUGUUGGCGUUAUUAUUUAUCUUAGAUUCCGCUUUUACAUGGAUUGAUUGCGAUUGUUAUUUGUUACGAAUAGUGAACCACGCAGAAAGAGAUCCUUCCAUAAACAAAAUGUACCGUUCGUUCUCGCUUAGCCAUUCGAUCACCAUGAUGAUCCGUACAACCAUCUAUCCCUCUCCCUAUCCCUUUGAAAGUCCCAAAAAUACUCUAGCACAAACGCAACAAACAUACAGAAAAGUAAUACAAAAUAUAUAUAUUCAUAUUGUGGCCUUUUAAUUGAAACAAAAGAUAAAGAUCAAUAAGACAAGCCCAUCGUCGGGUGGGCUCUUGCUUCAAGGGACGGAAUGCUGGCAGUUUCGACCUGUGCGCCAGCUGUUGCGAUAAAUAGUGUUGCGUUUCGAUUUGUGUUUCGCCAUUUGCUUCAACAUUUAAACCGAAACACACCAAACCAUACCGAACCGAACCGAUGGAACGACAUGAAUCGGGAGCGCAUCAUAUCAGGAAGCAAGGGAGAAACUGAGUGGCAAUAGGAAAAUGGAUGGGAAACAACCGGAGAGCAGGAUAGGAAACUCAAUACAGAGUGAUGGUGAGAUCACAAAGAGAAUGCUGACGAUGAGACGUUGAAGAUACAAUAAAAAGAAACCAAAACGUGUGUACUGAUUUUAAUGCAAAUAUAGUGAAGCCGCAUAGUUUAUAUACGUUGGAGUGCAAAUGUUUGAGGUCCGAUGUUUUAUCAGGAAGUCAGCGAAUGGUCGAAGACAGAGAAGGAGAUUGGAUCGGGAAAUAGACAAAAUAUGAACCAUAAUGCAGUCCACAUAAGAAAACACAAGAAAGAGUGCACGCAGACCGAGGGAUCCUUCCACGGAACUGGAGAAAGUUCUUUCUGCCGAAGCUUUUUCGCAUCGUCACCGAUGGCUUGCCACGUUUUGCAGUGAAUGAAAACGAAAUAAGCAAUCCAUCCCAGGCCCAAGCAGAAAAACCUUUUUUUGGCCGAUACCGUUACUGAACUAAGAGAUAAAUAAAAAAUUAUAACAGUGGAACCACCCUGGAAAACGAUGGGAAAAACGAGCGUGGAGCGGCUACGUAAGUCAGGAAACUGUAAAGAUUGCGGUCGAACCACGAGGAAAAGCAUAAAAUGAAAUAAAUUACAAGUUGUUUUUAAACCAACAAAACCAUGGCUCUUAAU